ACUGUAUUAUAAUGUUGUUGUUUCUUUUGUCUUUCUGCAGGUUCUCUCUAGAAACACUGGAUUCUUAAGCUUCCAGCUUUGAUGUGGUGCAGUAUCAAGUCCAGUCCAAGAUGACUGAAGAGGUGAUCGUUGUGGCCAAGUUUGACUACAUGGCCCAGCAGGAGCAGGAGCUGGACAUCAAGAAGAAUGAGCGCCUGUGGCUGCUGGACGACUCCAAGUCCUGGUGGCGCGUGCGCAACACCACCAACAAGACCGGCUUUGUGCCUUCCAACUACGUGGAGCGGAAGAACAGCGCAAGAAAAGCCUCCAUCGUCAAAAACCUCAAAGACACACUAGGGAUCGGUAAGCCGAAACGGAAACCUGGCAUGCGGGACACGGCCCCCAACGCAGACACCGAUCAGUAUGCCGACAACGGCGAGCGCCUUUACGACCUUAACCUGCCAGCACUCGUCAAGUUCAGCUACGCAGCCGAGCGCGAGGAUGAACUGUCUCUGGUCAAGGGGACGCGGGUGAUCGUCAUGGAGAAGUGCAGCGACGGCUGGUGGCGUGGCAGCUACCAGGGCCGCUCCGGCUGGUUCCCGUCCAACUACGUGACGGAGGAUAUGGAUGGCAGUGCCACGCUGGCGUCGGGGGAGCCGGCCUCAUCGCUACCGGAGAAGCUGGCGGCCGCCGUGCACGGGGCCACGCCCGGCGGCUACGCCGCCAACGGUAACGGCAGCCGCGGGGUUCUGCACACGGUGCAGGCGCUGUAUCCCUUCAGCUCGACCAAUGAGGAGGAGCUGCGCUUCGAGAAGGGAGAACUGAUGGAGGUGAUUGAGAAGCCCGAGAAUGACCCAGAGUGGUGGAAAUGCCGGAAGGCAGACGGCCAGGUAGGCCUGGUGCCCAAGAACUACGUGACGGUGCUGGCCGAGGCAGCCUGUGUAGGUCCUCCCACCCCGGACUGCGACUACGUCCAGCCCUCCGCAAGCGGACGCUUCGCCGGCAAGCUGUGGUACUACGGUAAGGUGACACGGCACCAGGCAGAGGUGGCCCUCAACCAGCGCGGCACUGAGGGAGACUUCCUUAUCCGCGACAGCGAAUCAUCGCCCAACGACUUCUCCAUUUCCUUAAAGGCCGCGGCCAAAAACAAGCAUUUCAAAGUGCAGCUGAAGGACACCCUCUACUGCAUAGGCCAGCGCAAGUUCAACUCCAUGGAGGAGCUGGUGGAACACUACAAAAAAGCGCCCAUCUUCACCAGUGAACAGGGGGACAAACUCUACCUGGUCAAAGCCCUCGCAGCGUCCUGAUCACUCCAGAAAUGUCAAACUCGGCCUAUAAACUGACAUAUAAAAGACUACAUCCAAAACAGACUCGUGGGAAAUAAUGAACAUUCCAAGUGAAGAUGAGUGCGAAGAGGAGAGAAUGAGAAGAGGAGAGAUAAGGUGGACUAUGACUUGCUCUUAAGGACGUGGACACAUACAAUUGUAUUAAAUCAUGUUUAGGUCAUAGGACGCAACGUAUGUCAACAUAUACUAGAUCUACAUUUAGUUCAUUUUGUUAAUAUAUAUUCUUUUUCAUGUUUUGUUUUUUUUGUUUUGUUUUUGUUUUUUUUUUUUUAAUGUGAUGCUUACAUUCUUCCCAGGACUAACAGCCACAGGGAGCUUUUCAGCAUCACAAACAGCCAUUGGGAGUUUUGAAAGAAAAUGCUUAAAAAUGCUUAAGAAUUCCUGUACUUUUCCUGUCAUUCUGCUGAGCUGCAAACUUUUUGGACAUUCUUUCACACGCCACCUGCCACAUCAUGCCUGGAGAAACUUUUGCUAAUAGUGCAAACAAAAUAAAACAGAAAUUGAAGUGA